UUUGAAAAGGUUAUAAUUAUAUUUCCUGAUUUCGUCUCCGAUUCAUUUGACAAACCUCAGUGCAGCAAAAGAGCGAUUCUCUCUUCUCUCCGAAAUCCCAACUUCUGAAUUGCUUUUCAUUUUUUAAUUCUCGAGAAGAGAUUUCUCUACAUUUUUUCUGAUCAUUUGAGGGAAUUUUCUGCGUUUUAAUUAUAGCAAAUAAAAGUGUUAGUGAAAUGGCUGCUUCUUCAAUAAGUUCCGGUGCAUUAGUUACUCUGCAAGAACUGAAUCCGUCUUCCCCAAUCUUCAAGCAAGGAGCUUCUUUUAGGGUUACCGGAAAGCUGCAAGAGUACAAUUUAGAGGCAGCGAUAGCGGUAAUUGUUGAUGGAAAUGUUAGCUUAAAGAUUGAUACACAGCACUUAAACAUCAAUCUUCGCUCGGGUUCUAUCUAUCAGUUUAUCGGGGAACUGCAUAUUGAGCCUAAUAACGAGGCAAUUAUAAAGGCUCGAGUGGGUAGAAAUGUGGAUGGAUUAGACAUUAAUCUCUACCAUCAGUCACUGCAGCUCUUGAGGAAAUUUGAAGCUGAACAAAUCAAUAGUCGAACGUCUUAAUAACUCACCCCUGCCUAAUUAGACUUUGUUUAUUUCUCGGGUUGGAACAAGUUACUACGAUGCCCCCCACCUAUUAUAUUAGUCGACAUUUUUUCACGAAUCAAAGCUCUUAUUUUCAUGUUUGUCACAAUCACUCAAACAACUCUAUUCCAAUGCAAACUCUUAGUCGCUUUUAAGCGAAGAGACGCGG